UACUACAUAUUUCUGCAUAAACUUAGCCUAGAUAGCCAGUUCUAUAUCUUCUUCUCUUGCACUCUCUUCGAUCGAUAUUGGUUGAUCUUCUUCGAUGGCGAGAGACGGCGAAACACGUUCCAGGUUCCUCCGCGUGUACGAUUGCCUCAAGGAUGAGCUCCUCCGUGACCCGCUGUUCGACCACACGGAGGAGACGCGGCGACGGGUCGAGGAGAUGCUGGACUACAAUGUACCUAGAGGGAAACUGAACCGUGGAUUAGCUAUCGUUGAAACUUACAGGUUGUUGAAAGAGGGAGAUGAACUCAGUGAAGAAGAAAUUUUCCUUGCUUGCGUACUCGGUUGGUGCAAUGAGUGGCUUCAAGCAUGUUUACUCAUACUUGAUGAUAUCAUGGACAAUUCUCAUACAAGGCGAGGUCAGCUUUGCUGGUACAAGCUGCCUGAGGUUGGUCUUCAUGCUAUAAAUGACGGGGUUCUAAUAAAAUGCCACAUCCAUAGGAUAAUCAAAAGAUAUUUCAGAGGAAAGCCUUUCUAUGAGAAUCUCAUGGAAUUAUGUGAUGAGGUAGGGCUCCAGACUUCUUUGGGACAGAUGUUAGAUCUCAUUGUUACUCAUGAGGGAGAAAAGGAUCUCUCAAACUACACAAUGGCAGUAUAUCGCCGCAUUGUUCAAUACAAGACGUCCUAUUAUUCAUUUUACCUUCCUGUGGCUUGUGCUUUGCUCUUGGCUGGUGAAAAUUUAGAUGAUUUCAUUGAUGUAAAAAACAUACUUGUUGAGAUGGGAAUAUACUUUCAAGUGCAGGAUGAUUACCUAGAUUGUUUUGGUGAUCCUAAAGUGAUGGGAAAGAUAGGGACGGACAUUGAAGAUUACAAGUGCUCAUGGCUUGUUGUACAAGCCCUUGAACGUGCUAACGAUAAUCAAAGGAGAGUUUUAUAUGAGAACUAUGGGAAGUCAGAUUCUGUUUCUGUCGCAAAAGUAAAAAAUAUUUAUGAAGAGCUUAAUCUUCAGGAUGUAUUUUUCAAGUAUGGACUCGCAAGCUAUGAACAUCUCAUUUCCUCGAUCGAAGCUCAACCAAAUGCAGCAGUCCGGGAGGUCUUGGAAUGGUUCUUGAGGAAGAUUCACUGUAGGCAAAAGUGACCGUCCAAGAAUGUAAACAACGAAAAUAAACUUGUAAGUAUUCCUAUGCUUAGCUCAAGGCCCAUUAACCUUCGACAAUCGAUGGACAACUACAACAAUGCUAGCCUAUAUAUAAUGUAUGGUGGCAGUUUCCAUCCAAUUUGCAAUGUUUGUUUUUUCUCUAUUUCUGCGGCAAUGGCAGGAUAUAUAUGCAAGUCCUUAUUCUUCUAAAGCUCCGUUUUCGCAUUAACAAGAUGAUCGAGCGGAUACGGAGCCAUUUUAUUCCCAUCCAAUUACUCGAUAUUUGUAUUUUUGACGUCACAUAUAGUUUGUUACGUUGAACAAGUAUCCGAUUAAACAGAUAUAUGCAGUUAAUGAUAUAUUGUUC